AUGACUACUAUUAAACGAAAGGCACUGUCACUACAAGAAAAAAUUGAGAUUUUGAAAGUUUUCGAUACGAAAUCGCAAACAACAAAUCAAACUCAACUAGCUGCCGAACUCAACUUACCAGUCUCUACAUUACGCACUAUUAUAAAGAAAAGAGGAGAAAUUAAAGAAAAAUAUAAAUUGGGAAGUGCGCAGAGAAAAAAGCAUAAGGUAGGAAAGUUUGAUAAAUUAGAAAAAGUGCUAGUGGAAUGGAUUCAUCAAACGCGAGCUUUAAAACUUCCCAUAAAUGGCCCCAUAAUAUGCGAAAAGGCGCGAAUAAUUGCUAAUGGCUUAAAAAUCACUGAUUUUAACGCGUCAAGUGGUUGGAUAGAUCGUUUUAAAAAUCGCAACGGCAUUGUCUAUCGUCAAAACAAAAAUGGGGAAUCACCAGAGGCGCAACAAACGGUUGAUACAUGGAUGUCAACGCUUCCCGAAAUGGUCCAAAAUUACGAACCGCGAGACAUUUUCAACGCGGAUGAAUUCGGUUUAUUCUUCAAACUUAUGCCAGAUAAAUUCCACGAUUUCGAGGGGGACACCUGUCAUGACGGUAGAGCAAGUAGAGAGAGACUGACCGUGCUGGCCUGCGCCAAUUGUGAUGGGUCAGAAAAGUUACGUCUGCUAGUCAUUGGAAAAGCAAAAAAACCGCCUUCUUUGAACAAUGUUAGAUCGCUCCCGGUGACAUAUGACGCACAGUCUCGAGCUUGGAUGACCGACGUUCGGUUCAAUUACUGGUUGAAAGCUUUAGAUGACCAGGUCCAGACUAAAAAUAGACAGAUAAUUCUAUUCAUAGACAACUGCCCUGCUCAUCCUAAAAGUAUUGAACUAAAGAACAUCAAGCUGGUUCACAUACCUCCAAAUGCGACAAGCCAAUUACAACCGAUGAAUCUGGGAAUCAUUAAGGUCCUGAAGCAAGGUUACAGGACAAGAUUGAUACAUCGCUACCUUCAAGAAUCGGAAGAGCCUGCCAGCGAACGACCCUUUACCGUGCACGAUGCCAUUCUUAACCUUGCAGCGUCUUGGGAAGCUGUUAAGCCAGAAACCAUUCAAAAAUGUUUCGCUACAGCGGGGCUUAGCAAUAACGUGGUUGACGAAGUGGAAGAAGAACCCGAGAUACUGCAUGCGUUUCCUGGCUAUUCAUCCAUUGAUGACAAUGUGGCACCGUACGAAAUUCAAUCAAUUGAACAUCUUAUUGAGAAUUUUAAGACAAAGAACGAGGAUCUAAGUGAUGAUGAUCAAGAUGAAGAUGUGUCAACUCCCGUUUUGUCAAGCGCCCAGGCUUUAUCAGCUAUAAAUUAUUUAAGACGCUAUGUAUCAUCUUUGGAUCAUAGUGAAGAUGCACUUCAAAAGUUGAAUUGUGUCGAAAAUUUUGUAAUCGCUCGUCCAACCAAAUCUAUAAGCCAAACCAAAAUAAGUGACUAUUUUAAUACCUGCAUGUACCUACCAAAAGUAAAAUACAGUACAUAG